GGGCGAGGUACGUAAGAUUUUAUAUGUGGCAGUUGACAGUUUAUAUCUCCUAAGUUAUAGUAGUUAUACUAAUAUGUAUUAUGUUAGGUACUUGCGCUUAAUGAGAGAAUGAAGUGCCACUUAGAGAUCAGCAAGGAAGCUAGACGGUCCGCUAGCAAGCCCGCUAGCAUGCCCACUAACCAAACCCAUGAAGUUUGCAUUCGGGAUCUUGCAGUAGUGCCAAAGCUUGAAAUCCGGGGCAAAUCCACCUGUUUGGAUUCAAGUAUCGAGGAAGUAAUACAGACUCUUGCUCAUCACGUUGAAGGUCCGUGUUUAGAUGCAAUCCUCAUUACUCAUGCUUUGCAUCCACAUCUCUGGGACAGUCCUCAAUUGGAUCAAGGCGAAGGAGACGGCCGUGGAGCCAAUAAUGGUUCCUGUGAAAUUUCACAGGACCACUUAUACCCGCCUCCAGGUUCCAGCGGAAACCCCAGGAAACAACGCAAUAAAAGGGGCGGCGGGGAUCAUCCGGAGCGGCACCCCCAAAAGCGUCGUUCCAUCGCAUCUGCCUCGAGCCGGGGCGAGCGUAAGCGGCGGUAUGCAUGUCCCUACUUUCUCCAUGACAGUUCGACAUAUUUCCAGUGUCUCAAUUAUUAUCUCCACAGGGUCGGCGAUGUGCGGCAGCAUUUACUUCGCCGACAUGUACAGGAAAUUUAUUGUCCCCAGUGUGGGCACAUAUUCGAGGGGGACACCAAUCACACUAACCGUGAUCAGCAUAUCCUGGACGGCAACUGUGAAAUUCGAGACUUUAAUAUUCCUCCUGGGAUGACAACUGAUACUGUUAAGAGGAUGAAAGAAACAGCUGGUGGAAACGCUCGUGACGACACAGCAAAGUGGUUUGAAAUUUGGAAUUGCGUUUUCCCAGGAAUCCCGCAGCCUAUGUCCCCAUAUCUCGAUGACGAGAUUACUGUCGUGUCAUAUCUAAUCCAAGAAUACCAAGCCCAGCCCAAUAUCGAUAGUGUGGCAUUACUCUCGCUAGUUCCUCCAGCUAUGCAAGAGGAGGCCUGCAGGCACAUGUAUAACAUGCUCGCUAGUAUUCCCCCUUACUUCACACGUCGGAUGGAAGGCUAUGUCAACCACAACCAAGGCAAUGAUUAUAUUCCGAGAGACAUUAUUCCUCCUUCUCAGUCAUCUAUCAAUGCGAAUGGCCAUCCGAAUUUAUCAUUGUCGCUCCCUCAACCAACCAUAGCCCCGCUGGAUUCUGUCUAUAACUCUCCUGAGAACCAAUUAUCCCCUAUAGACGAAAAUAGAGGUAUCGUCCCUUACGUUGUGUUGACCAACCCUGGCUGGCAAGAUCCCUCCUGGUCAGGUAGUGAUUAUGUACCUAAAGGACCUGACAAUUAGCGCUGAAUAUGCGGGGUUGGCGUCUUGAAAUAUCGGUAUUGGGGGGGGGGGGGGAGGGGG